UCCCCGCCCCUUCCAGGACCCGGAGCUUGGCCGAGGAGGUUGCCCAGGGACCGACCGACAUACUGCGGGGCGGACAGACAGACGGGCACCGGGAGACGCGCGAUGGCUGUGCCUGCAGAGCCCUGUGUGGGACAGGAGGUUUGGAACUGGACGGAGCCUGAGCCCACUGCUGCCCACCUACUGAAUGUGUGCUUCCUGAAAACGGCAGGGGUCUGGGUGCCCCCUAUGUACCUCUGGGUCCUUGGCCCCAUCUACCUCCUAUACAUCCACCGCCAUGGCCGAGGCUACCUCCGGAUGUCCCUGCUCUUCAAGGCCAAACUGGUGCUUGGGCUCACCCUCAUAAUGCUGUGCACCUCCAGCGUGUCUGUGGCUCUUUGGAGAAUCCAGCGGGGAACGCCCCAGGCCCCAGAAUUCCUCAUUCAUCCCACCGUGUGGCUCACCACGAUGAGCUUCGCCAUGUUCCUGAUCCACACGGAGAGGAAGAAGGGGGUCCGGACAUCCGGGGUGCUGUUUGGAUACUGGCUGCUGUGCUUUCCCUUGCCAGCUACCAGUGCUGCCCAGCUGGCCUUGCAAGGGGGCUUCCAGAGCGACCCCUUCUACCACCUGUCGACCUACCUGUGCUUGUCGCUGGUGGUAGCCCAGUUUGUGCUGUCCUGCCUUGUCGAUCACCCACCCUUCUUCCCUGAAGACCCCCAGCAGUCUAACCCAUGUCCAGAGGCUGAAGCUUCCUUCCCCUCCAGGGUCAUGUUCUGGUGGAUUUCUGGGCUGGUCUGGAGGGGCUACAGGAGGCCGCUGGGGCCAGAAGACCUCUGGUCGCUUAGCCGAGAAAACUCCUCAGAAGAACUUGUUUCCCAGUUCGAAAGGGAAUGGAAAAGGAACCGCAGUGCGGCCCAGCGGUGUGCCAAGGCGAGAGCAGCUAAAAGGAAAGGAAGCUGUGGUGUAGAGACCCCAGAGAUGCAGCCCUUGCUGAAGCAAGAAGGGAGCCAGAGGGGCCCGCUGCUGAGAGCCAUCUGGCAGAUGUCCCGCUCCACCUUCCUCCUGGCGACCUUCAGCAUUAUCAUCUGUGAUGUCUUCAGGUUCUCUGUCCCCAAGCUCCUCAGCCUUUUUCUGGAAUUUAUGGGCAAUCCCACGACCCCAGCCUGGAAGGGGUAUCUCCUCGCAGUGCUGAUGUUCCUGUCUGCCUCCCUGCAAUCGCUGGUGGAGCAGCACUUCAUGUACAGGGUCAAGGUGCUGCAGAUGAGGCUGCGAACGGCCAUCACGGGCCUGGUGUACAGAAAGGUCCUGGUCCUCUCCAGCGCUUCCAGAAAGGUCAGUGCAGUGGGUGACGUGGUCAACCUGGUGUCCGUGGAUGUACAGCGACUGAUGGAGAGUGUCAUCUACCUUAACGGGCCUUGGAUAACAAUCAUCUGGAUGAUCAUCUGCUUUGUCUAUCUCUGGCAGCUUCUAGGACCCUCUGCCCUCACUGCCAUCGCUGUCUUCAUGAGCCUCCUCCCUCUGAAUUUCUUCAUCACCAAGAAGAGGAAACAGCAUCAGGAAGAGCACAUGGGGCAGAAGGAUUCUCGGGCGCGGCUCACCAGCUGCAUCAUCAGGAAUAUGAAGACCAUCAAGUCCCAUGGCUGGGAGGGAGCCUUUCUAGAAAGAAUCCUGCGCAUCCGGGGCCAGGAGCUGGGCGCCUUGAGGACCUCCAACCUCCUCUUCUCUGUGUCUCUGGUGUCCUUCCAAGUGUCCACGUUUCUGGUCGCACUGGUUCUGUUUGCUGUCCAUACACUCACGGCCGAGGAGAACACCAUGGAUGCUGAGAAAGCUUUUGUGACCCUCACAGUCCUCACCAUCCUCAACAAGGCUCAGGUUUUCCUGCCCUUCUCCAUCAACGCCGUGGUCCAGGCCCGGGUGUCCUUUGACCGUCUGGCCGCCUUCCUCUGCCUGGAAGAAGUGGACCCUGGGGCUGUGGACUCAAGUCCCUCCAGAUGCUCUGCUGGGGAGACCUGCAUCAGCAUUCACGAUGGCACCUUCGCUUGGUCCCGGGGGAGCACACCCUGCCUGCACAGGAUCAACCUCACUGUGCCCCAGGGUCGUCUGCUGGCUGUUGUCGGUGCCGUGGGGGCAGGGAAGUCCUCCCUGCUGUCUGCCCUCCUUGGGGAGCUGUCAAAAGUGGAGGGAUCGGUGAGGAUCAAGGGUUCCGUGGCUUACGUGCCCCAGGAGGCCUGGGUCCAGAACACGUCUGUGGUAGAGAAUGUGUGCUUCAGGCAGAAGCUGGACCCGCUGUGGCUAGAGAGGGUCCUGGAGGCCUGCGCCCUGUGGCCAGACGUGAGCAGCUUCCCUGCAGGGGUCCACACCAAAAUUGGGGAGCAGGGCAUGAACCUCUCCGGGGGCCAGAAGCAGCGGCUGAGCCUGGCCCGGGCCGUGUACAGGAAGGCUGCCGUGUACCUGCUCGACGACCCCCUGGCAGCCCUGGAUGCCCACGUUGGCCAGCAUGUCUUCAACCAGGUCAUUGGGCCCAGCGGGCUGCUCCACGGAACGACGCGGAUUCUCGUGACCCACGCGCUGCACGUCCUGCCCCAGGCUGAUUGGAUCGUGGUGCUGGAAGAUGGAGCCAUCGCAGAGAUGGGUCCCUACCAGGAGCUCCUGCACAGGAAAGGGGCUCUGGUGGGCCUUCUGGAUGCAGCUGGACAUCCAGAAGACAGCAGAGAUGGAGAGGCAGAACUCACGACCGAGGCCAAGGACCCCAGAGGCUCAGCUGGACGUGGGAGGCCCGCGGGUGGACCCAAGAGUGGCAGGUCCAUGAAGUUAGUCCCCGGGAAGGACAGCACCACUUCAGAGACCCAGACGGGGGUUGCCCUAGAUGAUCCCGAGUGGGCAGGACGGCCAACAGGAGAGGACAGUGUGCAGGAUGGCAGGGUGAAGGCCACCAUAUACCUGACCUACCUACGGGCUGUAGGGGCUCCCCUCUGCCUCUACGUACUCUUCCUCUUCCUCUGCCAGCAAGUGGCCUCCUUCUGCUGCAGCUACUGGCUGAGCCUGUGGGCGGACGACCCCACUGUGGACGGGCGGCAGACGCAGGCGGCUUUGCGGGGCUGGGUCUUCGGGCUCCUGGGCUGCCUCCAAGCCCUUGGGCUGUUUGCCUCCAUGGCCAUGGUGCUCCUAGGGGGGAUCCGGGCAUCCAGACUGCUUUUCCAGAGACUUCUAUGGGAUGUGGUGCUAUCUCCCAUUGGCUUCUUUGAGCGGACCCCCUUCGGGAACCUGCUGAAUCACUUCUCCAAGGAAACAGACAUCGUUGAUGUGGACAUCCCUGACAAAGUCCGGUCGUUGCUGAUUUAUGUCUUCGGACUCCUGGAGGUCAUUCUGGCGGUGACGGUGGUCACCCCGCUGGCUGCUGUGGUCAUCCUGCCAGUGCUGGUUCUCUAUGCUGGGUUUCAGGUAGGAGAGAUUGAGCAGGUUCCCGGGGCCAGCCCACGGCACCUCAGCCAGUCCCCUGUCUCUGGGCAGGAUUCAGUGUAGGAGCUUCUGCCCAGUGGGCAUCUGGGGAGAAUCCCUAGAAGAAUUCCCAGAGGCAGAGACACCACAAUUUGUUUCCAACAUCCUAUACUCAUCUCUGUCUCCCAGAUGUCCACAUCAAAGUUCUUAGUAGCUAACGUCGCGUCCUGCUACUACUGAAAUCCGCUUCAUCUUUCCCAAUGAUCUAGAAACCAAGAAGGCAUUGCAAGAUCUCAAAGAAUGUGGUAUUAGGUUUGACUCUUCCUGUUGCCCGAGCGAUUGUUUCAUUAGCUUUAAACGAAAGGACGGGAUCUAAUGGCUUACAUUCCUGAAGUGCAGUGGGCCAGUGGUCGCCAGGACGCUGUCCCUCUCUCCGGAUCUUCGCUCCAUGGGUCUCCAAGUGUGGCCUCAGACCAACAGCGUCAGUACCAGCUGGGAGCUAGUUAGAAACGCAUGUUCUCGGGCCCCACCCAAGACCUACCGACGCAGACACUGUGAAAAUGGAGCGCAGAAAUCUGGGUUUUCACAGAUCCUCCAGGUCCUUCUGAUGCAUGCUAAUGUUUGAGAACCACUGGCUUUAGCUCUGCUUGGCCUGAGGUUGCACACACUCUCUUUCCGGGGGCAGGCCCGGUGGCCCCUGGCCACCCUAGGCUCACAGCCCCAACACAAACACCUGCUCUCCAGCUCAGCAUGCAUAGGUCAGUCCCAGGAAAGAUUAGACUUGCCGGAUGGGGGGGUAGGGACGUGUGUUUAUCCCAGGGCUCAUCACAGCCACCCAAGGGAUGGCAUAUACUCCAAUCGGCUAGGCUGUGCCAUGCCAGCCCUCCGUGACUGGGUCCCACGGUUGAACUCCACCCCCCCAAGCCCUGCCCCAGGAAAUCAGAAAUAGAGCAGAAAAAACCCACAACCACCACUGUCUUCUCUCUGUCCUCUUGACUUGGGGAGGGGCAGCUUUGGGGGCAGGCAGAGGUGGGUCUGAAUCCAGGCCCUGCCACUUGCUUGCCGUAGAGACCCGAAGCAGCUGCUUUGUCCGUCCGGGCCUUGGGUGUUCUCAUCUGUAAACUGUGAAGCCCACUAACGCCCACCUCGCAUUCAUAAAUGGUAUUUGUAAAGGGCCUAGCACACAGCCUGGGUGUUCAGCAAAUGCCAGUCCUCCCUGCCUGCACACAAAUGGCAACUCAAACCAAAUAACGCUGCAUAUUAUUUGCGCAUUGUUACGUUGCCAGCGCCUGGCAUGGAAGCUCCAGUUAAGGGAAUGAGUUCCACUUGGCCAACUGCCUUCCGUGUCCUUUAUGGUUUUGUUCCCACAUUUACUGGGCCCUAAGGGAAGCAGGUGGCCUCAGAGCUGGGAAUGAGACAUUCACACCAGAGGAGUGAUUUCUCAAUCCUGGCUGUGCAUGAGAAUCACCCAGAAGGUUUUUAAAAACAUACUGCGGGGCGCCUGG